UGUCAUGGAUAUAACCACUGCUUAUUCUGUCCUUUAUUUUAUUAUAAAUAUAAAUAGUUUAAAUGGACAAGAUACUUUUAUAUCACAGGAAAAACAUAACUACAAAUCAACUGAGACUUGCGACAUCCAAAAACUUGAAAGUGAGACUAGUUUAGAUGUGCAAAGGUGUAGCAAGGGUGCUGAUGGGUCCCAGGUUUGUUUGGUAAGCGACGGAGGAAGUAUUUAUGAAUACAAAUGUGUCGAAGAAUCAUGGAAGUUGUCUACUGGAACAGAUAUAGAUAGCCACGGGAGACAAAAAAGAUUCAUUGACUGGAUAGUCAGGACAAUUGUUGGACUAUUUGUUCGUGCUGUGGUAUUUAUUUAUUGUUCUGCAUCCGGCGCGUGUUCUGAAAGAGAAGUAAACCAAGAAGAGGUCUAUAGGAACCCUCCAGUGUAUACAUUCUGCCCUGAAAGCGGAGCGGAGUAUACAGCCUUAAGCCAGAAAAAGUCUGCGAAUGUAACAUGGGAUGAACCAAAAGCGGAAGAUGAUGAAGAAGUGGUUAGGGAAACUCAGACAUUUUACAGUGGCGACGAGUUCGAAGGUACCCCGAAUGGAUUAAAGCAUACAGUUACAUAUACUGCGAUAGAUGGUUUUGACCUCAAAGACACAUGCAGUUUCUCAUUUACUGUGAAAUACAUUACAUGUGACACACGUGACCCGCCAAUAUAUGGGCAUCAGACUUGUUCUCAUGGGUAUAUCUUUGGAUCAGAGUGUAUUGCCGAGUGCUAUGAUGGAUACGAGAUUGUGGGUAACGAUACAGCUACUUGUCAACAAGAUAAAACCUGGGACAAUACACCUGCAUGA